UAAAAGCUGCCUCCUCUCAGUCAGCGCCGUUAUUUCCCCUCUGCUUCAGGAAACACUUCACUCAGAGACGCACUUCAGUAUGUCGGUGGCUCUACGCACACAGCUGUUCCUCUUCCUCAUCUCCCUCUCAUCAAGGAUGGGGCUCAGUCGCUACAUUGAGGACAACGAAGCUUCAGAUGGAUUAUAUUCUCUGCUCAGUUUGGACCAGAAAAGAGAAUCAGAGGAUUUUAUUUUCCGUCGACCUCUCAGAUGUUUGGACAUGCUGGCCACUGAUGGCUACUUCACCUUCGUGGCGUCUCAGCCUCAACUGGCCUGUGCUGCUUUCAUCAUCGCUGAGCCCAGUGAGGUCAUCAGUCUGGAGCUGUCUGACGUCAAUAUUGACUGCAGCGCCGGAGACUUCAUCAAGGUGUUUGACGGAUGGGUUCUGAAGGGAGAGAAGUUCCCCAGCAGGCAGGACCACCAGCUCCCUCUACACCAGCGCUACACAGACUACUGCUCCUCCACAGCACCGGGAGCCACCAGCCGCUCCUCUCAGAACGUCGCCAUGAUCUUCUUCCGCAUUCACAGCCCCGACAGCGGAUUCACCCUUGCUGUCAAAAAGCUACACAACCCAUUCCCCUGCAACAUCAUGUCUCAGAGUCCAGAGGGCAGUUUCACCAUGGUGAUUCCACACCAGCGCAGGAACUGCAGUUUCUCCAUCAUCUACCCUGUGGAGAUCCGACUGACCGAACUCAGCCUGGGGCAGGCCAAAAGCAAUGAGCUCAGCCCACAGAGGCAGGUGUGGUCGGGCUGUUCGGGGUCAGGUGACUAUGUGGAGCUGCUAGGGGGGAAUGGGGUGGACACCUCUAAGAUGUUCCCUGUGGCUGACCUGUGUUUCUCCCUCAGUGGGCUCGCCCAGAUGAAGAUUGGUUGUGAUAACUCGGUGGUGAGGCUGGUGUCCAGUGGGAACUAUAUCAACCGUGUUUCCUUCCAGUACCGACUAUUGGAACACCGUGAGCUCCCCAAGACCCGAGAGAACAGUCUGGAUAACUUCUGCGCUGUGGAAUAAGAUCACACACAGACACACAAUCAUCCAUCUCUCUGUAAAUACACCAAUUUGACAAAUGACGUCAAUAAAUAUUUUGUAUUGUUUUUGCCAAAUAUUUUAUUUAGUGUCCGGAUUAUGUUAGCUUCGAUCCUAGUGUAUUUAUUUGAGGAAUUUUUAAUUCAUCUCAAAUUUAUGGAUGAUGGUGGAUUUAAUUGUUUUCUUUUUAGUCAUUUGUCAGGAAAAUCUGUGAUACAUUAUAUUUCUUGGCAAAAGCAUUGAUUUCAAACCUUCCCUCUGUUGUUCUAAUAUCAGUUUAUUCCUCCAUCUCCUGUUCUUUGGGAGGUUUUACAUUG